UUCAUAGUUCUAGAGGAGAGUUAUUCAAAGUACCGAGCGACUAUGACACGUCACUGGGAAGACUUGAUCAAGUCCAGCGAGCAACUUCAAGAUGAUCUAAAGACAGCCCUCCAGAAACACGACCGCAGUGUUUCUUCCAAGACGUUUCCGAAAUCACUACUUCCGCCAAACUCCAGGUUCUCAAAGCAUUAA